AUGAUAUAUACAGUCAUUCCAACAAGCAAUGUCGUUGACGAGAAUGGAGCCCCUGAGCCCAUGAAGUAUAUUAUCAAUCAGGAUGAGUUUAUUGUCGAGGCAAUUGCGACUCAUAGUGAAUACUUGAAAAAUGUGACCUUCAGUGAAUUUUCAUCCGCUUGCCCGAUGCAGAUAGAUAGACCAAAAGAUGAUGACAUUCGUAUGAAAGAGGCAAAUGUUAAACGUGAUUCUGUGUACUAUACUUUCCAGGACAAGAUUGAAAAGUGUAUGAGUACGUCAGCUGCAGCAAAACAAUUGGGCAUACACGUUCGAACGGCGCAGAGAUGGGUGAAGCAGUAUAACAUGUGCCCUGACAACAUAUUUGUCAAUUGUAACAGAGUUGGUCGCAAGUGUAUUCUUACUGAAGAGCAUAAAAAUGUAGUUAUCAACUUCAUUGAUACUAAUCCCUCUGCCACUGUUGUUGAAGAGACAGAGCAUUUAUUGAAACGAUUGAGUGAUCUUAAAGUUUCACGCAGAACUGUUUAUAACUUUAUGAGAAACAAACGCAACCUUUCGUUGAAAAAAGCAGAUUUCCAUUCUAUUGGAAGAAAUAGCCCAGCAAAGAUUGAGAAACGGUUCGACUGGGUUCGUAAAUGGGAAAAUACAGACAUGAACUUCCUGACGAAUUGCGUGUUUCUUGACGAGUCUGCUUUUGAUAUCAAUAUGAAGCGCUCUAGGGCUUGGACCCAAAAAGGAACGCGUGCCAUUUUUACCAGGCCUAUAACGAGAGUAAACACAGCGCCUAUUUUGGGUGAUAUCUAUGCCUCAGGUUUGAUCACAGUUGGCGUACGAAAACCAAGACCUACUAAGAAGAGAAAGGCUGAUGGGUAUAUAAGUUCAGGAACUGUAACGAGUCAUUAA